ACGCGCUGGUUAAAAAUCCUGCUAAGGCACUUGUGAGAGAAGCAGGCUUGAUCUCUUUGUCAGUACUACCACACGCAGUUUCACUUCGCCAUUAUGUCGGGUAUUGUUCGAGCAAUAAGAUCUGGGGACGUGAAGGUCGUUGAAAAUGAGAUGCGGAAACCGGGCUUUUGCGUUAACUCCCCUGCCACUGGUGGAAGGACGCCUCUGCAUCACGCCAUCGAUGCUGGAAAGAUCGAGGUCUGCAAAUUCUUGGUGAAUAAGGGAGCAGACGUUGAUUUAGAGGAUGAAGGAGAAUGCACACCACUGUACAUUGCCAUCCUAAAGAACAACAAAAAGAUAGCACAAUGGCUUCUUGAAAUGGGCGCGGACAAGAAGGGAAAAUCACCCGACGGAGAUAAAUACGUAGAGUGUGCCGAAGACGAAGAAAUGAAAGCCCUCUUCAAGUAGAUAGUAAGAACCACAAAUCUAUGAUUGAAACUUGUCGUCAUUAGCCUGUAUAGUAAUCCUGAGGACUGGGGACGUCAUAGCUGGCACAUCUGUGUAAUGGACACAAGUCGUGAUUUCAUUAGUAGUGUUGUAAAUAAAGUAAAUAUUGUAUGCAUGUCUAAAGAGAACGUUAAUAAAGCAUUUUUUCUUUCCA